CCUGUCACAUGACUGCGCUAGUUUGAACCAUAGGUUUGAACAUGGCAGACAGAGAGGAGCACCGGAGUCUCUUAGAUGACGAUGAUGAGGAUGAAGAAGAUGAGGGGUCUCGGCACCUGAGCCCGCUGUGUGACCCGAGGCACCUGCUCCACCGGAUCCUGGUGCUGCUCUUCAUGUGCUUUCUGGGCUUCGGGAGUUAUUUCUGUUAUGAUAAUCCAGCUGCGCUUCAGACUCAAGUCAUACAGGAUAUGAGUCUGAACACGGCCUCCUUCAUGCAGCUGUACGCCUGGUACUCGUGGCCUAACGUGUUCCUCUGCUUCCUGGGAGGCUUUCUGUUGGACCGGGUCUUCGGCAUCAGGCUGGGGACUAUCAUCUUUGCUCUGUUUGUGUUAAUCGGGCAGAUCAUAUUCGCAGCCGGCGCUCUGGCCAAUCACUUCUGGCUGAUGAACGUGGGUCGGUUUGUGUUUGGCAUCGGUGGAGAGUCUCUGGCUGUGGCGCAGAACACGUAUGCCGUCAACUGGUUUAAAGGGAAAGAGCUCAACCUGGUGUUCGGCCUGCAGCUCAGCAUGGCCAGACUGGGCAGCACGGUGAACAUGAACGUGAUCGGUUGGGUGUACGGCCGUAUUCAGUCUCUGACGGGAUCAGCGGGACACUCCACUCUCGGGAUCACACUCAUGAUCGCGGCGUCCACGUGUCUGUUCUCGCUCAUCUGCGCUCUGGUGCUGGGGUUCCUGGACCGACGGGCAGAGAAGAUCCUCAAGAAGGAGCAGGGCAGAACCGGGGAAGUCAUCAAGCUGACUGACGUCAAGGACUUUCCCUUCUCUCUCUGGCUCAUCUUCAUCAUCUGUGUGGCGUAUUACGUGGCCAUCUUCCCCUUUAUUGGACUGGGCCAAGUUUUCUUCAUCGAGAAGUUCGACUUCACUACUGUCCAGGCCAGAGCCAUCAACAGUAUCGUGUACAUCAUCUCUGCGCCGGCGUCUCCUCUGCUGGGGUUUGUGGUGGACCGGGUCGGGCGUAACGUCCUCUGGGUAAUGCUGGCCGUCACCACCACUCUCCUCUCACACAUGAUGCUGGCCUUCACCUUCUGGAACCCCUGGAUCGCCAUGUGUCUCCUAGGCCUGUCGUACUCUCUGCUGGCCUGUGCGCUGUGGCCCAUGGUGGCGUUUGUGGUGCCCGAGCAUCAGCUGGGAACGGCGUAUGGAUUCAUGCAGUCCAUCCAGAACCUGGGUCUAGCCGUGAUGUCGAUGGCUGCGGGAAGCAUCCUGGACAACAAGGGUUACCUCUUCCUCGAGGUCUUCUUCAUCGCCUGCCUGUGCAUGGCUCUGUUUGCUGUGGUGUUGCUGUAUCUGUAUGAUUAUCACAAAGAGGGCGAGCUGAACCUGUCAGCCUCGACACGAGCCGAACGACUCAAAUCUGAGUGAUGGCUCUUCUGCUCUGCGUCCUUGACUGAACACUUUCCCACAUCACCCACAAUCCUCUAGAUGAGCACCGGACAGACGGACACCACACACACACACACAGAAAGCACUUUACUUUACAUGAUCCUGUGACAUUAUUCUCAGCAAUUAAAAAAAAAAAAAAAAACUGUAAUGCCAAAAUUUUUUAUAAUAUGCCAUUUUAAUAAUACUUUUGAUAUUGCUGCCAUGUUAUUACCCUGUAGUGCCUAAACUUAUAACUCUUGAUUUUAUUAAAGAAACUCUGUCAGGGUAGGAUGAUUUUAAGCACUUUAUUAUUGUAGAAAUGGGUUCAUUGUAAUGAAAAUAAUGUCACAAGGUCCUAAAGUAUUCUUGAUGUAUUCUUCCCCUUUUCUCUCUCUCUCUCUCUCUUUCUUUCUUUCUUUCUUUUUCCUUUGGGGAUGAAAUAUGAGGCACAUUUCUUCAUGAGGUCCAGCUGAUGUGGGAAGCAUCUGAGCAGUUCUCACUUGUUCUCGAUUCGGACCCUGAGCCGGUCCUUUGCACAGCCUGUGCUGUCCCGCACCGGACUCACUGCAUCAGGACACACUCCGACUGGCAGCUGCUCCUCUCUUAACUCUAUUGUAGCUUCAGUUUUAAUUCUGUUUUAUUUGCGCAGAUUGAUUGAUUUUAUCUCCAAAGGACUGACGAUUUACCAUCUGUUCAUCAUGACGAAGUGUCUUUGGGCCGGUCCACAGAACGCGUUUGUGCUGUUAAAACCCUGAGACGAAGGUCUAGAGACACGUUUUUUAAAAAGUUGAACUUCUUUAACUUGAGCACUGUGUUUCUAGAAAGCCGUAUAAUGAGCGCAACGGUUCAAGACGUCCGUCUAGUGCAUUAUGUUGGAAAAUACCGGAAAAGUGGAAUGGAGAAACGUGUUCUGUGUGAACGGCCCCUCACUCAUAGAUAUUGUAAAUGGCAUUUUAUACUGACUUUAAAGCAUUUUUCUUGAAUAUUUGUCGUGUUAUUAUUGAAAUUUCUUGAAGAUUUGUAAUUUAAUUUAGUCGUAAAACAGCGGCAGGAGGCAAAUACAUCAACAUGUUAAAAUCAUUUCAAGAGUUUACAUGAUUCAAAUAUAUAUAUAUAUAAUCAAUGUACAAUUAUAUUUUUUUUUAAGCGAUACAUUUUGCUUUAAAAUAUAGUGGAUUUUUUGUACCUUAUGUUUUCUAUCAGAAGUAUUUGGGUUGAAUUAUGGCCUCUGACAGCGUACUGCUGAUAUGGCUUCAGCUUAAUCUCUGUGUAAUAUUUCAUCUUUAGCAUGUAAUGCUGUAUUUGACAUACUAUUUGAUAUCAGUUGUUCUGAGCUACUAAUCAAAGAUGUCCAGCGCAGCUCGUCAUGAUGGUGUGUGAUUCUGAACACCGAGACUCUUGACUCUCAUGAGGAGAAUAAACACAUCAGAUGAACUGG